GCCCGCCUCUUCCGGCCCCGUUGGGAGCCGCUCGUUCCGCAACAUGGGAACAAUAUAUUUGUUUCGCAAAUCACAGCGAUCUCUUCUUGGCAAGUUAACACAGGAAUUUAGAACAGUAGCUGCUGAUAGAAGGUCAUGGAAGAUCUUGUUGUUUGGUGCAAUAAAUAUAAUAUGCACUGCGUUCCUGCUUAUGUGGUGUAGUUCUACAAACAGCAUAGCUUUAACUGCAUAUACCUAUCUAACAAUCUUUGAUCUUUUCAGCUUAAUAACAUGCUUCAUAAGUUAUUGGGUAAUGAUGAAGAAACCAAGUUCCUCUUAUUCAUUUGGAUUUGAGAGAUUUGAAGUCCUAGCAGUAUUUGCUUCUACGGUUCUUGCACAACUUGGAGCACUCUUUAUACUUAAAGAAAGUGCUCAACGAUUUCUUGAACAACCAGAGAUUCAUACGGGUCGAUUGCUGGUUGGUACCUUUGCAGCACUCACUUUCAACUUGUUUACAAUGCUUUCGAUUAAGAAUAAACCAUUUGCUUAUGUGUCUGAAGCUGCAAGUACAAGUUGGCUUCAGGAACAUGUUGCAGAUCUCACUAGGAGCUUGUGCGGUAUCAUUCCUGGACUGAGUAGCAUCUUUCUUCCACGUAUGAAUCCGUUCAUCUUGAUUGAUCUUGCUGGGGCUUUAGCUCUUUGUAUUACAUACAUGCUAAUCGAGAUUAAUAAUUAUUUUGCAGUUGAUACAGCUUCUGCAGUGGCUAUUGCUUUGAUGACAUUUGGUACUAUGUAUCCCAUGAGUGUCUACAGUGGAAAGGUAUUGCUUCAGACGACACCACCUCAUGUGAUUGGACAGCUAGAUAAACUUAUACGAGAGGUUUCUACUUUGGAUGGAGUUCUAGAAGUUCGGAAUGAACACUUCUGGACAUUGGGGUUUGGUUCAUUGGCUGGAUCAGUUCAUGUGAGAAUUCGAAGAGAUGCCAAUGAACAGAUGGUGCUUGCACAUGUGACAAAUCGGCUAAAUGCAUUAGUAUCUAUUUUGACUGUUCAAAUUUUCAAAGAUGACUGGAUUAGGCCUACUUUGGCCACCGGACCUAUUGGGAACAAUAUGCUGAAUGUUUCAGAUCAUUACAUUAUUCCAAUGCCACCUCUAAAAUCAGCAGAAAAUUCUGACCUUGCUACAUCCACUCCAACUAAACCAAACAGUCCACCUCCAGAAUUUGCUUUUAACACGCCAGGUAAAAAUAUGAACCCUAUCAUUCUCAUGAACACUCAGGCAAGGCCCUAUGGAUUGAACUUCAAUCAUGGAACUGUACCUUACAGCAGUGUCUUCACUCAAGGUUUUGGAUUGCCAGGAACGGGAGUAACCCAGGGAUUCAGGACUGGCUUCAUCAAUGUUCCCCAGAGAUAUGGAACUGGCACUCAAGGUCAAUUAAGACCCUAAUAAACUGUUUCUAUAUUUAUUGUUCUUAAUUACUUCAAUUAUUUUAUUGCUCAUUUUUCUACAAGACUGUUUGAUUUCCUGGAAACUAAUAUCAGAAGUUUUCAAAAUCAUGAAAACGUGCAUUCAUGGAUUGACUUAAUUUUUGAUGGUUAUCCAUUUCUGACUGUAAAGCAUAGCUUUAUAAAAAGUUAUUGCAACUGCCU